UUCAGCACAGAUUGGCAGGAUACCAGCUUUAUGUAUCCAAUACCACCAUCACACCAAGAGACGGUGUCCUGUGUUACGAGGACACUAGUAGUACUAGAAGAUGCUGUACAGCUUGUGAUAACACACCAGUGCCCGUAUGUAGGUCGGUAUGUGACCGUGUACAACUAUAGGAACAACCCAAAACGAUACAGCUGGUAUAGUGAUGACGCUAUUCUGGAGUUGUGCGAGGUACAGGUGUUUGGAUGUCAAGUAGGGAAAUACGGUGACGGAAACUGUAACAGUCCUUGUCCACCAGCGUGUUAUGGUGGUAACUGUAACUCCACAACAGGUGUCUGUUUCUAUUGCUUGACAGGGAAAUAUGACAUCUACUGUAACUCGGAUUGUCCCUCAAAUUGUAAAAACAGUCUUUGCACUUUGGACGCUGGCGCCUGUUUAGAUUGCGUUCCUCAGACGUACGGCGUUCGAUGUGAACAUGCUUGUUCUGCAAAUUGCCUGAAUAGUCUAUGCGAGAAAGUCAACGGUUUCUGUUACGACUGCAUUCCCGGAAGGUACGGAAACGCAUGUGAUCAGAACUGUCCUGGAAAUUGUAAGGAUAUGUUGUGUGAAAAGUCCACGGGAAACUGUAUUGAAUGCAUUCCUGGAAAGUACGGAAUCACAUGUGAUCAGAACUGCCCUGCAAAUUGCAUGGAUAUGUUGUGUGAAAAGUCCACGGGGAACUGUAUUGGAUGUAUUCCUGGAAAGUACGGUACUAACUGUGAUCAGAACUGUCAAGGAAACUGUAAGGACAUGCUGUGUGAUCGGGACACAGGAUCCUGUGAAGCUUGUUUACAAGGUACAUUUGGAGAGAAAUGUCUACAAAGAUGUCAUUGUAAGACGCCGGGGUGUAACCAUCAGACCGGGGUCUGCCUCAUACCGGGUUGCCAGGCUGGGUACUCUGGUGCGAGCUGCAGCCAGGUUUGUAUAAACACAAGAUUUGGUGAGAACUGUUCCAGCGUAUGUCACUGCGAUACACCAGGGUGUGAUUCCGUAUCAGGUCGCUGCAUUGUACCCGGAUGUGCUGCUGGCUGGAAGGAAGAGACCUGUAGCAAAUCUUGUUCAGAAGGAGAAUUUGAAAAGGGGUGCAAUAUGCUAUGUCACUGCGCUGAACCCGGAUGCAACAAGGAGAAUGGAAUUUGUAAAAACCCAAAUAAAGGGUGUUUGGCGGGCUGGAAUGGUACUACUUGUAGCCAAGAAUGUCCUGAGAGCACAUUUGGAGAGGAUUGUCUUUUCCUGUGUCAUUGCAAGACACCAGGAUGUAGCCGUUUCAAUGGGACAUGUACCUCCUCGGAUGGUUGUAUAGAUGGAUACGUUGGUAUUACGUGCAGUACAGAAUGCAAACCCGGAUUUUUCGGAGCAAAUUGUUCGAAACAAUGUCAUUGCAAGGACGAUGGAUGUAAUUUAAUGACAGGAAACUGCUCACCAUCUGGUUGUGUGCCGGGCUGGAGAGGAUCUACGUGUAGCGAAAGUUGUGGUACUGGGAGGUUUGGUGAAGCAUGUUCUUUGAUUUGUCCCGUGACGUGUAAAGACUUCGUGUGUCAUCACGAAACCGGCCAUUGCCUAGAUUGCUAUCCUGGAAAGUAUGGAGUUGUGUGUGGUGCUAAUUGUCCAGACACAUGUACGGACAACAUCUGUAGUAAGGACGACGGACACUGCCUAACCGAUGCCGAUUCGAACCUGAAUUUAAUAGCUGUUAUGGCUGUUGGUUAUGGGUUGUUUUUAGCUGCAUUGAUCGCAAUAGCAGUUCUGAUAUACCAUCUACGAAAAAGACAAAGCAGAAUGAAGUCGUCAGAUAAGGAAAAAGAACAAUCCGUCCCGGAUACCGGUUAUACAUCUAUUACCCAUCGUCAAGAGGAGACUCCCCAUGUCUAUGAAAUGGUGUUCACCUAUCCUACAAAAAAGGGAAUUAUCGUCUGCUUCAAAAUUCCUGCAGCAAUGUCAGAAUAUCCUAAUUUCAAUAUUGAGUUACCCGAUUUUUUAUCGGAUGAUCCUGAAUUUUCAUCAAGUGGGGAUGAUGAGCUGAGCACCAUUGAUGUUCUUUGUCUGGCAAGUACAAAUGCAAGUUCCCGAAAUGGGAAAGACUACGAGGAAAAACUUAAGCAACCUGCCAUAGCAGACAUGCCGCCGCCGGGAACUCCGUGUUCAACUUCAUCUGGAAAAGUUAAACGUUUCAAACCCAUGGCACAAGAAGAUGUCGACAAAAUAUUGGAGGCGAGAGAGGCUCCUUCGACAAAGAAAAGCACUCUGUGGGGUCUAAACAUUUUCCAAGCAACACCUAAAUCGGCCUCUGAAGAAUCAGAGCCAGCGAUCUACCACAGAAAUUCAUUGAUCAGCAUAAGGGCCGCAUUAAACAGACACUUGGCAUCGUGUAACCGUAACAUUGACAUAGUUAGGGAUAAGGAAUUUAAAAGAGCGAAUGGUGUAUUGGAUAGGUUACUGAAGGAAAGAAUGAGAUCAGGCCAAUCGAAACCUACACAGCAUAAAACAAUUAUUGAGGGGGCAGAUUUGAUAAAAAUUUCAACAUACCUGGAAGGUGCUGUAGUGUCUCCAAUAAUCCUCCGUGAGUGUGUAUGGCAUCACUUAUCCUUGAAUUUUAUCACACGAGGAAUGGAAUUUCACCACCAGUUGAACACCGACUCUUUUGAAUUCCACACAGAUGAUUCCGGAGAAUAUGUUACAAUUAAACAUGAAACAAAACAAAAGAAUCUCCAGGGUGGUUUGUCGUCAUCAGAAUGCAGCUCUGGGAAACGGAUGUAUGCCACGGGUACGAACGAUUGUCCUAUCCGGAUGCUUAAAUUACUCCUGGAGAAAACUGAUAAAUCCGCCACAAGUUUAUUCAACCAGUAUAACAGGGAUGCUUUAGGAAAUCCAGGAGUCGCCAUUCAAAUCAGAAUGACGACAAAAAAUAUAUUGUUAGAAAGAUGUGUGAUUUUGAUCCUGUACUUCAUGUUGAAUGCUGUCAGAUCUGAAAAUAACGUCGCCAGGUCUAAACAGGCUGAACAAAGUAGUGAUUACUUUGAACAUGUAGCAAGUAGAGGUGUUGAUGACUGUUUACAGACAAAUCUAGAAUCGAAUUGCUGUGCACAUACGCUGAAUGGUUUCCAAAAGGCCUGGUGGCGUGUUGAUCUGGGAGAACUGGUGACCAUUAAUAGGAUCAAAAUAUACUACAGAGAUAAUAAUCAGGAAAGACUGGCCGGAUACCAGCUGUAUGUAUCCAAUACUACCACUUCACCAAGAGACGGUGUCCUUUGUUACGAGGAUACGAGUAGCACUAGACGUGCGGUUCAGUUGGUGGUAACACACAUGUGUCCGUAUAUAGGUCAGUAUGUGACCGUGUACAACUAUAGAAACAAUACUCCACGAUACAGCUGGUAUAGUGAUGAAGCUUUUCUGGAGUUAUGUGAGGUACAGGUGUUUGGAUGUCAAGUAGGGAGAUACGGUGAAGGUAAUUGUAACAAUCAGUGUCCACGAAACUGUUAUCGCGGUAACUGUGACUCAACAACAGGUGCUUGCUUCUAUUGCAUUACUGGCAAGUACGGAAAUACAUGUGAUCAGGACUGUCCUGCAAGUUGUAAGGAUAUGUUGUGUGGAAAGAACACGGGAAACUGUACUGAUUGCAUUCCCCGGAAGUACGGCAUUAGAUGUGAACAUGACUGCUCUACAAAUUGCCAGGACAGACUGUGUGACAAAGACAGCGGGAACUGUUAUGUAUGUAUUCCUGGUAAAUACGGAAACGUGUGUGAUCAGAACUGUCCUGAAAAUUGUAAGGAUUGUGAAAAGAAAACGGGAAAUUGUAUUGGGCUGGAAGGCACCCUACAACCAAGAGCUUUUCUUGUAAGGGUAUGUGCAAAGUGGCAAAACAACAUGGCAGUGGUAAAAGUCAUUGAUCUUGGGGUCAGCGAGGUAAGUCGGAAGUGGAUCGUUUGGGAUCACAGGACAAGUCGGAAGGUGUCUGUGGGGAUACAGAGCAAAAGAUGUUUCCUGACAACAUUUGAAACAGCACUGAAGUGUGAUAUGAGGAAGGGGGGAAGCUAA